AUGGCUGAUCGCCCUUCCAGAGGUGAAAGGUCUCGGGUAGUCAGUCGUCAAGGAGCCAGCAGGAUAUCUCACUUCAUAGAGUUGGGUAUACCGAAUCUCACGAUCAAGAUGCACUCCCGCAACGUCCUCGCCGCCGCCGUGGCGUUGGCUGGCGCCCCGAGCGUCCAUGCCGUCCUUCGAUUCUCGUGCUCAGAGCUUGUGACCGAGCGUCUCGAUCCCCUCGUCUUCCCAGGUGCUAUGCAGUCUCCUCACGUCCACCAGAUCGUCGGUGGCAACAUGUUCAACGUGACCAUGGACCCCAACAGACACAACAUUGGCGAGGAGGCCACCUGCACAACCUGCACCUUCUCUGAGGAUUUCUCCAACUACUGGACGGCCAUCCUUUACUUCCGUGCCCGCAACGGCACCUUGAUCCGGGUCCCGCAGCGGCCCAACAUUGACUUUGACGGUGCCCGUGGCGGCGGUAUGACCGUCUACUACACGGCCACCUAUCAAAACCACAAGCCCACCGCCUUCCAGCCCGGCUUCCGCAUGAUUGUCGGUAACCCCAUGUACCGCACCCAGGCCGAGGCGUCUCGCUACCGCCAGAUGACCUUCACCUGCCUCGAGACCCUCUCGACCCGCACCGGCGAGACCACCGAGAUGCCCAAGCAGCCCUGCAGAGAGGGCAUCAUGUCCAACGUCCGCUUCCCCACCUGCUGGGACGGCAAGACUCUCGACCCCCCCGAUCACUCCUCCCACGUCGCCUACCCCAGCAGCGGGACCUUUGAGUCAGGCGGCCCCUGCCCCGCCUCCCACCCCGUCCGCAUCCCCCAGCUAUUUUACGAGGUCCUCUGGGACACCCGCCGCUUCAACGACCGCAGCCUCUGGCCCGAGGACGGCUCCCAGCCGUUUGUCUGGUCGUACGGCGACUACACCGGCUACGGCACCCACGGCGAUUACGUCUUUGGGUGGAAGGGCGACUCCCUCCAGCGUGCCAUGGAUGCCAACUGCGACUUUUACUGCCCUCAGCUCAAGACGCAGAGCAUUGCUACUGGUAACCAGUGCAGACAGAACCAGAAGGUGGCCGAGAACAUUGACGGGCCGUUUGAUCGUUUGCCUGGGAAUGUGGAGAUUACCGGGCCUCAGCCUGGGGCUUCCAACCCUAAUCCUGGCAACGGCGGCGGUAGUACUCAGACUCCUGUGCAGCCUACUCCUGUGCCCAACCCUGGGAAUGGUGGCGGCUGCAGUGUUCAGAAGUGGGGACAGUGCGGUGGUCAGGGGUGGAGCGGGUGCACUGUUUGCGCUUCGGGGUCGACUUGCCGGGCGCAGAACCAGUGGUAUUCUCAGUGCUUGUAA